AGUGUAGAGAUCAGUCGACUCACGGCACUGCGACCAAGCGGACAUAGAAGUUGCAACGUCGGAUCCGCAACAUUUAACAAAUACGCGCGUUAUUGUUAAUCGGGCGGUACGGCAUAGUUGUUACGUUAUUGAAUUUGAUCUUUCUGAUUUCGUAUUUUUGGUCCUUCGUAGUCUUGGCUGCACUAUUGAUAUUUCAUGGAAGUAUAAAAUAAGACUAAAAACUGAAUAAAUAACAACUAUUUACGUAUAUAUGUAUAUAUACGCAAUCAUAUAUAAUAAAAUGGCAAAAAUUUUGAAUUGGGCAGUUAUAGUCACAGUGCUUAUUAUUUUCUCUGAUGCCAAUGUUUAUGCAAAAGCUAGCAUUGCAGGGCAAAGAGUCAGUGCUUCGCAACAACCACAAGAAUCGGCGAUCCAAAGAUACGGCAACCACCAUCUUCAUCCACAGAAGUAUCAAAAAUCACUAUUUGGAAUCCAACGGGAAGAAAGACUGCAAAAAAAUACUCAGUAUCAGCAUCGACAAGUACGACCAGAAAUAUUGUCCGAAUCUGGUAUUAAUGCCCAAGUGGAACAUGCUUACAAUAAAACAAGAUCCACAAGACUACGACGCCUAAGUCCAAGGAACUAUUAUAACAAUAAUAUUUCGCAACGUGGCGUUGACAGCCAUAGAGGUAGUCCAGAUUGGAGCUAUCAUGUCUACAAUGCGCGUAGCAACACAUUUGAGUCGCCAACGAGUCUCUCUACGCUCGGUGCUGAAAAUAUAGGUAGUAGUGGCGGGAAAGGCGACGACAAUAGCGAUGAUGUGGAAUUUAUCAGCCAGAUUGGGAAUGAAAUGACCAGUCCCGAUUGGGUUAAUACUCGUCGUACUUUUGGCUUUGUACCCACGCAUACAACAAUUACGCCAUCUACAAUUCCUCCUCCACCAUUAGUGCCGGCUCGGCGGGGUUAUGCCACGGCUGCGCCACCAAGCUUAAACUCUAACCUGCCACAUACUACCAAUGAGCCAAGCGAAACAAACCAUAUUGAUGUAAAGGGCAUGGAAAAACGGCAUAUUUGUGUUCAGCAACGCACCAUCACCAUGCCCGUAAAGACAACCGAAGUCUAUGCAAGACCGAUCUGGAAACAUGUCAGCACGCUCUGCAGUGAAGUUCAAGUGCAGACGCAAAAUCCCAACCAGAUGUGUACCAGAGUCCAGCUGGUUCAUGAGCAGUCUGUGCGCGACGUCAUUCGCCACAAGUCAUCGCAACAAGUUACCUACGACUGUUGCAGCGGUUGGGGACGUGAAUUUCCAAAAUCCGAUUCUUGCUCAAAACCCCUUUGUAGCACUGAUUGCCAAAAUGGUGGCACUUGUACCGAGCCUGAUACUUGCAGCUGCCCUGCAGGAUUUACGGGGCAAUUUUGCGAGCACGAUAUAAAUGAGUGUAAAGAGCAGAAGCCCUGUGACCAGACCUGUAUCAAUAUAGUUGGCUCAUACUUUUGCGAAUGCCGUGAGGGGUUCGUUUUGCAGUUGGAUAAACAAAGUUGCAAGAAAAUUGAUUUACAAGAUGAUGAUGCUUUUGAGGCACGUGAUUUGGAAAAUGAAAUCGAGUUAAGUGAUAAAGAAGACAUGAGUGCUCGUCUUCAGAAAAUUGAACGCUCUUUAGCAAAUGAGAGGGUACAUACGAAUGAGUUGAAGAAAUCAUUGCAAGCCACUCACAACGUUGUGGAUACCCUUAAGAGUCGCCUAAGUACAAUAGAAAAGCAGCAGCAGGAUAUAAGCCGUUUGCAGUCAAAUCUUUACCAGACGGAGUCGCGCACUAAUAGGCUUGAAGGCAUACUAAAUCUGUUAAUGAAGUGUCGAAAUGGACCAAACACCUAUUGUCCCUAGAAAUCAAGCGACCAGACUGUAUAUUUUUUUAAUUAGUCGUAGCUUAUUCUAAUGAUUUUAAUAUAUGUACAAGCUUGCAAAGUAUUUAUGUAGCUGUAAGCAAAUGUUCAUUCUCAUAAAUUUUAUGAUAUAAUUUGCCAACGAUCAAUUAGUUUAUAAUAGGUUAUACAUGUGUACAGCUGUAUAAAGAUAGUAUAGAGUUAUGCAAGCUUGUUCACAUUGACUUCAAUCUAAGAUUCAUUAGACAUGCAUAUGUAUACUCGUAUGCAAUAAGUGUGGUACCAUAGUUGUAAAUAAGUAUAUGAGUGUAAACUUCUGUAAUAAGUAAAUAAAUGAUAUUUUUACAAAUUUCCGAAA